GAGCUGCGCAGUAGCAGCCUGAGCCAGCCACACAGCACAGGAAUGCGGCUUUCAGCAGUUACAAUGCUGCCAUGACCGCACUCGCAGUGAUGGCAUCUCUCCUCGCGACCACAAAGAGCCUAGACCUAGCAGGCCACCUGCGCGCACUAGGCGCCCCGCGGGCCGCACAACGCCUGGACGGCGGGCCACCUCCAGUAGCUCCAACGCCGUUCACAGUCGAUGCGAGCAAAGUCCACCUGGUAGCCGACGCGGCAGCCGCAGCAGCCUUCAGUGCCGACGUCGGCAGCGCGUCGGCAAUCGCACUGGACUGCGAGUGGCGCCCCGACGGCCCCGGCGAGGACCACGCGGUAGCACUCGCUCAGGUCGCAACGAAGAGCAAUGUUUGGCUCGUUGAUUUCGUAGACAUCAGCGGGCCCGCGAGAAUAACCGCGCUGGACGCGCUGACGAACGCCCUCCAGUCCCAACAUACAUCAAUCGUCGCGUUCUCCAUCGCCGCCGACGUGUCGAAGCUGUCGAGUGUGCUGCCUAACUUCGCCCAAGCGACGCGCGUCGUCGACCUCGCGACGUCGAGCGACGGCCUCGCGGCGGCCGUGCGCCGCUGGCUGCCUAUGUAUCACCUCGACAAGGCGCAGCAGCGUAGCGACUGGGCCCUGCGCCCGCUCUCGCCGGCCCAGGUCGCCUACGCGGCCGCCGACGCGGCCGUGCUGCUUCCUCUUUUGGAUGCGAUGCGGGCGGGCGGAGCCGCACCUUCUGAGCGCGACGUGGCGCCGGCGCCGCGGACCUCGACUGAUAGCGACGCGGCCGAGCCGGAUGAUGACGGCGCGCUGGCCGUCGCGCGGGCGGUAGUCGCUCGCACGCCGGGCUGUAGCAUUGUCGCCGCGGAUGCCAUGCCGGCGGACGCCGUUGAGGUCAAUGCCCUGGCGGUCGAGGCCGGUGAUAGGAAGCUCCUCGUCGUCGCCGAGGCGGGAAAGCGGCUCGAUCUGAAAUGGCUCGCGCUCGCGCUGGACACGCCGCGGCGGCGCGUGCGGCUCUCCUCGCGCUGCGUCGAGGCCUUUGGCGUGGCUCCCCACCGCGUGCCUCCCAUCGCCCUGCGAGACGACGUGUCCGUCGUCGCGACGCCGGCGCUCCUGGCCUCGACGCGCCCGCUCUGGGGCUCGGCGGGCGGCGACGGCUACCGAGUCGUCUUCGAGGACGGCGCGGCGCUGGCGCGCGUCGCGUCACCUCUUCCUGACCCGGCGCUCUACUACGCGACGCUAGAUGAGGCGCUCGACGCGUACGGCGGCGGAAACGCGCCGACGACGUCAUCCGGAGCGGUCCGGCUGGCCGCCGGCGCGACGGGCCGCCGCGUCAUGCUUGACGCUUCAUUGGUGGCCUGUGCGCGGCGGCUGCGCAUGAUCGGCGUGGAUUGCGCGGUCGCCGGUGAGGUCCUGCGAAAGGAAGCGACGCCGCGGCGGCCGCUCGACGGUUGCGACCGGGUUCACGUGAUCGCGUCUAAGGUCGACACUGAUUUACGACGCGCGGCGCUCGAGGGUCGGCUCGUCGUCGUGGCGUCGUCGCGGAAGCGCGCGCCCGGAGCUUGCUACGUGGUUCGCGGCACGACGCCGGAUCAGCAGUUCGAUGAAUUGCUCGACGUCCUCGGCGAGCGCGGCGCGGUGGCGACGUGGGGCUCGCGGUGCGGCAUCUGCAACGGCUGCGACUGGCACACCCUGGCGCCGGAGGCAGUCGUCGGCGAGGCGCCGCAGGGCGUCCUGGCGGACGCUACGGAGUUCUACCGGUGCGGCGUCUGCGGGCAGUUGUUCUGGCCGGGCGCCAAGUACGAGGACACGAUGGCGACGCUGCGCGGGCUCGCGCUGACGAAGGCGGUGUCUUCUGUUUCCUAG